AUUAGACUUUCAUAGGAGCAUGAGAGUCCUUGGUUGCGAAACUGUAUCAAGUAUCGAGUCUCGUGGGUUUAUAAGCCAAGAGCGAUCGAAUACUUCCACAUGUGCUUCGAGCGGUCCCAACGAUAACACACACCAUGUACGCUAAGUUAUUGAUCGCUUGCUGCGUGUGCGCCGUGGCGUCAGCGGCUCCAGGGUACCUGGACGGCAUCAGCUAUGCAGCACCAGCGUAUGCGCCCAUCACCCACGCCAUCGCAGCACCUGUCGCUCAAGUCGUCCGCGCAGAGCCUGUUGACCCCAACCCAGCAUACAGCUACUCUUACGGAGUCAACGAUCCCUCAACGGGAGACCACAAAGACGCUCAGGAGACCCUCCAAAACGGAGUAGUCCACGGUUCAUACAGUCUGGUUGAGCCUGAUGGCCACCUCAGGAAAGUGACCUACACGGCUGAUCGCGUCAAUGGUUUCAACGCUGUUGUCGAGAGGACAGGAAACGCACACGCGGCUCCAGUGGCUGUUGCCCACGCACCGAUUGCCAUUGCCCCCCACCCCUGGCGCUAGUCAUCUACCACCCCCCACCUGCACUAUCGCUAAUGGAAGAAAUUUAAGUUCUAGAAGGUUCCCAUCUUGGCUGGACAACGCGUCAGCGAAAUACUUGUUAAUCGAGCAGUAUUAUGACACGAACAGUUUUUCUGUUGUACAGAAUAGGGCCGUGUAUAUAUUGUGUUAGAGUUCGUUUUUGUAUGGUUCUCGAAUUAGCGAUAGAGCAUUGCCGACUGCCGACCUCGCGAGCAUGCUCCGACUGUCCUAUUAUUUAUUGUAAACUACUUUGACUGUUGCUACGGACUUGAUCUAGACGCGGUAUCACUUACAUGUAAAUAUAAUGUAUAGUUGAUAAAUAAAAAAUGCAAUUUCAUUGCGCCCUUA